AUGGCGGCAGAGGCUGUGCAGGAGGCUGAGGCCCGGCCGGGUAGAGACGAGGCCGGCCCGGGGCAGGAGUUGGUGGUCGUGGCGGAGGAUAUCAUGGCGGUGGUGGAGGUCGUGGCCUUGGAAGACGAGGUGCCGUCGCAAGCAGAGCAGGCCGAGCAGCAGCGGGAGCUGCCGCAGGAAGAGCCAGUGCUGGGUCCCGAGAUAGCCGGGGCCCCACUUGCCGCGCUGGAGGUUGUUCAGUUAGCGCUCGCCUCUGUGGAUGCCCAAGCGACCGGGGCCCGCUUGCGGCUCAAGCGCAGGAUGAAUCAGAAGCGGAGUUCUCACCUGAAUCGAAGGAGGGCCAUCAUCCAGUGCAUCCCUGGCUUCUGGGCCCAGGCCAUCCUGAAUCACCCCGAGAUAUCAGCCGUGUUGGGUGACCAGGACAGAGACCUGCUCAGCUACAUGACCAAUUUGGAG